AUUGAAUAUAUAAUGUCAGAACCGUAAUUACGCUACGAAUGGAUCCGUGAAGUUCACCCCAUUGGGUCGCACGAGCCCUUGCUGAUAUUGCGACUAUACAAGCGACCGACAGCACUGGCUCCAGGUCAUGUGCGGCUGGGUGAGUGUUACCAUAAAGCUCCAGCUUUAUGCUCACUCACACGUAGCCUAGACCCGGAAGCACAAGUCGAGGUAGCUCGGCUUUGUUUUGUUUUGUUAGUGACUGGAGUUGGAGCGAGAAGGGAAGGAACGUGUAUGGAUUGUUCUCCGCUUCGGGAAUGGAAGAUGACCAGAUGUCGGAGGACAAUUAUCCGUGUAGCACGCUCGGUUUGGUCGGGAGCUGUGAGGACGAGACGGUCUACAAUGUCUACAAAGAGUUGCCCGACAAAGUUGAGUCAAGGGGCACAGAUUUUGCACAAGAUGCCCGGGACAGUAAGGUUCAGACAGCGGGCAGUCACUUGGACAUGCACAUGCAGAGAAUUGAGAAGAGAACGAGCAAAGAAAACGAAGAUACGGACAAUUUUCGGAGACAGAGCGCGGUGCAUAUUUUGAAGAGGAAUUUCGGGACGUCGCGAUCGUUUUCCACCCUCAACAACAACAACAAUACAGCGGAUGACCAAAAAGACUUGGAUGAUAACAUUGUUGACAUUGUCAUUAAACGUAUGGAAAGUCUGGACCUGGAGAAGUCCAAUUGGGGAGAACCGGAGGAUAUAAGUGAGCAAAUCGCAGAUCAAACGAAGGGAUUAACGUCAUCCGAUUUGGAUCAAGUUGAUGUAACAGAUUCUGACGAAUGUAGUGAAAGUAACCGGACUGACGACGAGUCAUUUCAGUUAAAGGAGCAUGUUUAUUGUACAGUGUACUGCAUCGCCAACGACAACUAUCGGAAGCCUCCAGAUAACCGUGAAACCACAGAACAUCAACAUAUUGAGAAGAUGACGCCGUCUACAUCGGAUGUAACACCAGCAGAUUUAUCUGUGGUUUUGCGGAGGCACAGCGAUGCUGAUACGGGCCACCGCCCCACUAACGUCCCAGAACCUUACACGUUAUCGAACUUGAUCGAUUCUCGAUCUCUGAGCAACUUUUACAACAGAGAUUACAGUGUAUCGGUUCUUAUGACGUGUCGAAUCUGUUUGGAUGACAAGCAUAUAAAGCCGCUACAUUGUUGCAAAAAGGCUGUCUGUGAGGAAUGCCUAAAAAGAUACAUCAGUUCUCAGGUGCGAGUGGGCAGGGCUGACAUCAUCUGUCCAAUCACAGAAUGCAGUGGUUUCCUGGAGGAGAGUGUAGUGGUGUCUCAUCUGGCCAAUGAGGAGGUAGCAAAGUACCGCUACUUCCUGGAGUUGGGCCGAUUAGACGCCAGCACGAAGCCUUGCCCCCAGUGCAGCCUCUUCACCUCCCUGAAGACCCGCUCCCUUCAGACACCCAGCAGAGCAGAGCACAAGUACAAGGUCCAGUGCAGUAAGUGUCAUUUUGUGUGGUGUUUUAAGUGCCACGCCCCCUGGCACCAGGGUCUGAAGUGUCGUGACUACCGGAGGGGAGACAAGCUGCUGCGGACCUGGGCCAGUGUUGUCGAGCACGGCCAGAGGAAUGCCCAGAAGUGCCCCCGCUGCAAGAUCCACAUACAACGCACAGAGGGCUGCGAUCAUAUGACCUGCACGCAGUGCAACACCAACUUCUGCUACCGCUGUGGGGAGAAGUACCGCCACCUGCGCUUCUUCGGAGACCACACCUCCAACCUCAGCGUGUUUGGCUGCAAGUAUCGCUACCUGCCUGAGAAGCCCCACCUCCGACGCCUGGUUAGAGGUUCUGUGUGUGUCAGCAAAGUGGUGGUAGCACCGGUGGUCAUUGUGCUGAUGGUGGUGAUUGGAGCUCUGUCUCUGGUUAUAGGAUGUCUGUCCCCCCUCUCUAGGACUGGUGGCCUUCCCCAUCUACUACAUCUGUAAGAGGAGGAGGAAACGGACCCAUGGCACCGGCCGCUGGAUCUGAGGAGGCCCCUCCCACAUCCCCCCCUCCAAGGCCUUGCUCUGCUCAACCCUAACACCAUAUUAUUUAUUCAGCCUUUUCAGGGAUUGUGUUUUGUAUACAUGAAUAGCCACAUGACACAGUUGAAUUACUGAUAGUUUGUGAGAAUUUUAUGACAUGUGCACUGUGAGUGGUGCUUGUGUUUGAGUGAGGUGUAGGCCUGGCCAAAUAACAUCCACACCCACACACACACACACACACACACACACACACACACACACACACACACACACACACUAGUGUCUCUCUAAGCCUCAUCUUGCUGUGCCAACAGCAGUUUUGUGCCCACACAUUGGUAUGUGCAUCAUCAACAGAAUGUGUUUGUUGUGAAACAAUGAUCAGAGCUUCAGUGAGGGUGUGUUCUCUCAUCUCUUGUCUGUUUGGGACAUGGCUCGCUUGGUUUUGUUCUGUGUUGCCAAAAGAUAUUCUCGGUCCACAGUCCUAGACAUACGUAGAAGGAGGUGGGUCCCAACUUAUUUGGAUUAAUACAUUUCUCUGCCAUGAAAAACAAUUUGCCAAAACUUAUUUUUAUAAUUUUGACACGCUUGAAUAUAGGUUGCUCUGUAUAUCAGUCAACUGUACCUUUGAUGUAUCUCAUCAGUACAUACAAAAAAUGAAUCUUAAAUUAUUGGAAUAUGUUUUGGCUAAUGAGGGAGCUGUCAGCUGAGUCAGCAUAUCUCCCAGAGUUCUAGAAGAGCUAAGUUACCUCUGGAGAGUUCUAGAAUGCACCAGGACUUCCCCCAGAUUUCUAUUUUUUAUCUGCAGACCACAGAUACACUCUGGGACAGGGUAGGAAUGGUGAGACUGUGUGUAGGGGACUAAUUAACUACUGCAUGGAACAAUCACUUCAGUCUAUCAUUAAGACAAGGUUGAUCAAUUGUAACCUGUCCAGGAUUUGUGUUAUCCUGCAACAGGAAAACACAAGUGAUAAUGAUGAAAAUGUACUUCUCUAUGGUUACCAUCAGGUCUUUCUUAUCACAUCAUAGUGCAUCACGAUUACAAGUUAAACUUUUGUAUUUGUUACUCAGGGUGUUGUCCUUCCCAUUCUGCCCUCUUUCAACUGAGUCUCUCCCUGCCGGUCUCUCUUUCUGCCUGUCUGUUUCCUGAGUUGUCUGUCUGUAUGCCUGUCUUUCUACUCCUGUAACCACCACUGGUGUGUACCACAGCAACACUAUGCUGCUCACAGCAUACACCAAGGGAGAGUAGGUCUGCUGACACGCUGUCAGGACUCACCCUGAGAAGACUCUCACGUGCAGAUGCCAUUUUGAUUUGACAUGUUUAGAUGCUCCGAUGUUGAUAGGCGAUUGAUCCUGACGCAGCAUCCAGUGGGACGUUGAGGGUGUGAGGUGAGGGUAGAUGGCCUCCCCUUCUGUGACACCCUAGGGAGCUCUCGCUGGCUGAAGACCCCAGGGCUGCCAUUACAAGAAUUACACUGUUAUUGAAAACAAGUAACACGUCACUGCAAUAUUGUUACACUGUCGGUCACAUGGCACUGCAAUGUUGUUACACUGUUAUUAACCUGUUGUUACUGUGAUGUUCAUAUCAUGUUGUUACAGGCUAUUUGUGAACAUGUUUUUAGCAUGUUUGAGCCAUAUGUCUUACAUGUUAUAGCCAUGUAUUAACAUGUUCCAUUAACAUUCAUCUGGUGCCUUUAUAGAAGUCUUAUACAGAUUUAGAUCUUCACAGACCAGAUAUUAAAAUUAUACCUGGUCCCAGAUUACAACACUGAUUGAUUCUCAGAUGAGGCCUAAUCUGUCUAUGGAAAACUGGCCCUCUUAUAAUCUAAAAGCAAACCCAAUCUCUGAUGUUACGUUGACUUUCACUCCAGAGGACCUUGCCUCUGAUCCUGUACUCAAGUAGUUUGCACAAUAGCAGGUAGGUGGUCAGUUUCUCUACUGAUCCUAGAUGUAGGCUGAACACAGUAGCUGGAAACCACCACAUCACAGAGAGUAGAGUAUUUAAUGUCUAGGUUUGCACAGAUCUCUGCUCCUGGUGGCUGGGGUUCAAAGAUGCACUGCUAUCUUUACAUAUGACUCCUGUAUUUUACCUGAGGGAGACAUUAAAAAUAGCUUUUGAAAUGCCUGUUCUGA